UGCAGAUCCGUCGCCAUCUUCAGUCGCUUCAUUUCCGAUCUGGUUGAUAUGUUGUCAGCUGUUUUAUUCUCACUGGAUUAACAGAGAAGCGCAGAAAAUCAUGGGGAGGAAGAAGAAAAAGCAGAUGAAGCCGUGGUGCUGGUACUGUAACAGAGAUUUUGAUGAUGAGAAGAUUCUCAUCCAGCAUCAGAAGGCCAAACAUUUCAAGUGCCACAUCUGUCAUAAAAAGCUCUACACUGGCCCCGGACUUGCAAUCCACUGCAUGCAGGUGCAUAAAGAGACGAUUGAUGGAGUUCCUAACGCGAUACCCGGAAGAACUGAUAUCGAGCUGGAGAUAUACGGCAUGGAGGGUAUUCCUGAAAAAGACAUGGAAGAGAGGAGAAGAGUGCUGGAACAAAAGAACCAAGAGACUCAAAAGAAAAAGCAGAACCAGGACGACUCUGAUGAGUAUGAUGACGACGAUGAGCCCGGUCCCUCGUACCAGCAGCCUUCUGCAGGUCAACCUCAGGCUGGCUACAUCCCCCCUAUGACCCAGCCUGGCAUGCCUCCUGGUUCUGGUGCUCCAGGGAUACCACCGGGCAGCUACUCAGGAAUUCCCCCAAUGAUGCCCGGCGUGCCGCCAAUGAUGCCAGGAAUGCCACCCGUACUGCCAGGAAUGCCUCCAGGGAUGAUACCAAUGGGUGGGAUGAUGCCUCCAGGUCCAGGGAUGCCUCCGAUGAUGCCAGGUGUGCCACCAGGCAUGCCUCCUCCUGUGGCCCACCGUCCAGGCAUCACACACAUGGCUCAGGUCCCUCCAGCUGCGAACGUGCUGACUAGACCUGCUGUUCCUGCCGCCACCGCACCCUCAGCCCAGCCUGAUGUCACAAAGCCUCUUUUCCCCAUUGCUGGACAGAUGGCCAAUCGUGUUGCAAGUACAAGUACAAGUGCAGGCUCAUCAAGUGCAGACUCUCAGUCCUCCUCCCCCAAAGCUCUGUUCCCUAUCACAUCACAAAGUCAGCAGACAGUGUCAGGGUCUCCUCACGCUCCCCCCUCUACCUCUUCUGAUCCCUCAAAGCCCACAUUCCCGGCCUACACUCAGGCCACCGUAGCUGUGGCCAGCCCCAACGCUGGCAGCAGUACGGUCUCCAAACCUCCCUCUACUGUGACCAGUAAGCCUGCCACCCUCACCACCUCCAGUGCAACCAGUAAGUUGAUCCACCCUGAUGAGGAUAUCUCACUGGAAGAGUUGCGGGCUCAGUUGCCCAGGUAUCAGCGCAGUAUUCACCGCCAAGGCCAGACUACUGCUGCAGCCCCGUCAGUGGGUCCCGUGGGUAGCAUGAUGACCCCUCAGCAGCCUGGCAUGAGGCAUCCCAUACCUGGCCAGUAUGGUGGUCCACCCCAGGGGAUGCCGGGCUACAUGCCAGGAGGGAUGCCUCCAUACGGACAGGCCCCUCCCGUGGUUCCCCCAGGGUACCAGGGAGCCCCCCCACGGCCACCCAUGGGUAUGAGACCCCCUGUCAUGUCUCCCGGAGGCCGCUACUGAAGCCCGCCUUCCUCUCUUCAAUAGGUUUGGACACUCAACCCUUUUCUAAUGUCCUCAGCUGCUAGUAGACAAACCAGUAAUGGUAUUCUAGUGCGGCGACGUACUGUUUAUUCUACUACUGAUCUAUGAGGAAGAGACACUGACUAAACAGCAAACAAAAGAGCUAUAAAAGCAUCACAGAGCGCAUGGGAAAUAUUUACACUGUACCUAACCACGACUAUGAACUGUUGUUUCAAACCAUCUCUUGUUCUGUGGCUUUUUUUCCUUCUCAUGUUUCAUUUAGGUGUAUAGAAGUGUAGUAGAUAUGGUUCGUAGUGUUGUGAAGGCGCUGGAGUUACAUGGGCAGUACCCACCCUUUAUCAAGGCAAGUUUUAUGUAAAUACAUUUCUGUUCUAAGCUUAAUCAGUGAGGCCUUCACAGCACGUUAGUGCUGUUGGACUUUGCGUCCCCAACUUUGUUUGGUGAGGGCUUCAAAUAACUGUUCAUUUAUGUUUCAUGUUCAUAGUUUUAACCUUAAGUAGGCGGACUACUAAAUGAAAUGGUAUAUGUAUUGUUGUAAAACUGUAUUGUAAUAAAACGUGGCAAAAAUGUAAGACUCUUCUUUGCGGGAUUUUAGUGGGAAAAGAGACGUCAUGCAGGUUUGUACUCCAGUUCUGAAAUGUGCUUUUGUUGUCUAGAAGAUGAACACUAUCUGUUUAACGUUAAAUUAAAAAUGUUUUUCUUUUUUAUUUUAUUGAUGCUCUGUACAUGGCACUGGCAGGCUAGCCUUUGAACGCACUGAGUGCAUUGUACAGCUGCAUAACUUCCGGGUCGCUGAUGGCUGUAGUGCUAAAACCCAGAUUUCUCUUCUCC